CUUCUCUCGCGAUAUCCACAGUUUCUGCAGUUGUUAGGCGCUGGAGGACUCCACUUUAUCGUAGUGUAGGAGUUAGCCAUAGGAAGAACAAAAGUACAGAACAGAGAAGCACGGACAUCGGUCCACAGAACUACAGCCGCUAAUACUGAUAGCACACAGGGCUGGGGAUGCGCAACUCUCAGGGUGGCAAAGAUGAACAUGCUAUUAAGAAAGUUCCCAAUCUGCUUAUCCUGUCCUAUUACCAUAAAUCGGUCAUGCAUACAGUUCUUCCAGAACAGAAGUGACUUUUGUUCUCAUAAAUAUGAUCAAAAUCUCAAGAACUCUUUUUCUAAUGUCAAGUUUGGGCACUUAUCCAUGAACAAUUUACUGAAUAGAAAAACAAGAAUAUCCAGUACCACAGAUAUUAAUGAAAAGAGGAGGCAUCUGAGUUUUUCUGCUGCUGCGAUUGUGGGUUCAAUGCCAAAAAAUGUCCAACCUUACCUCAAACUUAUGAGGCUAGACAAGCCUAUAGGUACCUGGUUGCUGUACUUGCCAUGUACCUGGAGUAUUAGUCUAGCAGCAGAACCAGGUAGCCUCCCAGACCUCAACAUGUUAGCUUUGUUUGGCACUGGAGCAGUACUGAUGCGUGGUGCUGGCUGUACUAUAAAUGAUAUGUGGGACAAAGACUUUGACAAAAAGGUUCAGAGGACUGCAAGUCGGCCUAUUGCUGCUGGAGACAUCUCUCAGUUCCAGUCUUUUGUUUUUCUUGGGGGACAGCUCAGUUUGGCUCUUUGUGUGCUGUUAAGUUUAAAUUAUUAUAGUAUUGCCCUUGGAGCUGCUUCCCUGUCUUUGGUGGUUAGCUAUCCAUUAAUGAAGAGGAUAACAUAUUGGCCACAACUUGUUUUAGGUAUGACUUUUAAUUGGGGGUCUUUGCUUGGGUGGUCUGCAGUGAAAGGAUCCUGUGACUGGUCAGUCUGCCUGCCAUUGUAUAUUUCUGGUGUCAUGUGGACUCUAAUUUAUGACACCAUCUAUGCACAUCAGGACAAAAAAGAUGAUGUUCUUGUUGGAGUAAAGUCAACUGCGCUGAGAUUUAAUGAACAGACAAAGCAGUGGCUGAGUGGAUUCACUGUGGCAAUGAUAACAGGACUUGCCGUGACAGGAAUGAGCUGUGACCAGACCUUCCCGUAUUACACAGCUGUUGCUCUCAUUGGGGCUCAUCUUGCACAUCAGAUCUAUACUCUGGAUAUUAACAAUGCUGAAGAUUGCUGGACAAAGUUUAGCUCAAAUCGAAAUGUGGGAUUAUUGCUUUUCAUCGGUAUUGUGUUUGGAAAUCUGUGGAAAAGGAAAGGCACUAGCACAGAAGAAGGUUCCUUAACAAAUUCUUGAUUACCAUUGCUUUUGCACACAUGGAGUCCAAUAGACAAUGCCAACUAUUUAAACAUAAAUAUAAAUCUCUCUCUAAAGAAAAAAGCAUUGCUUUUAACUAAGUAACCUAUCCAUGUCAGACCACCAAUGGAACAAAAAGCAAGACUCAGUAGCACUUUUAAAAGCUUGGCGAAUAUACCCUGUGCAUCCAAAGACUAACAGGGUGACAGAGAUUCUUUUAACAAGCAACAACAAGCAGCUAUGUUGCCACCAAAACAGUAAAACCAGUUAAAAGUAUGGUGACUUAAAAUGGUGUUCAGCAGAGAACAGAUUUUUUUGCUUCACCUCAAUUUUCACAGACUUGACCUUAUGGGGGAAAACUCCAUUCACCAUAUUGUUUAUUUUUAAAAAUUGUGCAAAAUGGGCAAAUAGGGCCCAACAAACAGGUGUAAAAUAUGUCUCCCUUGUGCUUAUCAUGUUAUUCACAUCUAAAGGUGGAGGUGGUACAUUGGUACUAGGUUUUGUGCCUAGUGAUCAAAUCUACAUUACUAAAAGAGCCCCACUGGGCCUUUUGCAGUUUAUCCUGGUGUUUUUGCUCCGUUUUCUGUUAUGCCCAUAUACCUGUUUGUAUUGUAUUUAUUUUGUGCAUAACAACUACAUAUGACUAAAGUAAAACUAUACUUUAAAUGCUUUAAACAAUAAAAAUACAUUAGAUUACAAUCUA